AUGAAGAGAAACGGCAGACACCUCAGUGAUGAAGAGGGUGUCAGUGGGUGUGAGGACUGUGUCAUCAUCACUGGGACCUGCAGUGACCAGUCCUCAGACGCCAAGGAUGUCACCUUGACCCAAGUCUUGGAGGCAUUCUGCCCAGUGGAGAACAGUGGCUGCAGAGCAAGCUCACGACGGUUCAAGAGGAGGGUCUCCAACACGGUUACUUACUUUCAGUCCCUGAGUUGGCAAGCAACCACUUCAGCAAGCACACCGUGGCUGUUCCCUACCAGCCCUUACCCAACCAUUGACCUCACAGAUGAAGAAGUGAUACUCCAGAGCAUCAGUACCCCACUGGUUGACUUGAGCCAGGACAGCCAUCAGGAAAGCAUGGAUACCACACAGGUAGAUGUGGGAAGCAGAGAUGAAGAUACCACCAAGUAUCAGGAUGAGAAGGAGUUUGGAAUAGGUGACCUUGUAUUGGAAAAGGCUGAGGGCUUCUGCUGGUGGCCUGUCAUGGAAGUGUUCUGGAAAGCCACCUUCCAGCUCCAGGCCAUGCUUCACAUGCAGUGGGGACAGUGGUUUGGUGAUGGCAAGUUUUCUGAGGUCUCUGCUGACAAACUGGUGACCUUUGGCUGACUGUUCAGCCAGCAUUAUAACCUGUACCCCUUCAAUAAGCUGUUUUCUAUGGUUUCUUAUAGGAAGGUCACAUACCACACUCGGAGAGCCAGGGUGCGAGCUGGCAAGACCUUCCCUAGUAGCCCCGGAGACUCACUGGAGGACAAGCUGAAGCCCAUGCUGGAGUGGGCCCACGGGGGCUUCAAGCCCAUUGGCAUCGAGGGCCUCAAACCAAACAAGCAACCAGAGAACAAAAGUCGAAGAGGCACAACCAACAACGACUCUGCAGCUUCUGAGUCCUAUCCCCCUCCCAAGCGCCUCAAGACCAACAGCUACGGUGGGAAAGACCGAGGGCAGGAUGAUGAGAGCCGAGAACAGAUGGCUUCUGAUGUCACCAACAACAAGGGCAAUCUGGAAGACCGCUGCUUGUCCUGUGGUAGGAAGAACCCUGUAUCCUUCCAUCCCCUCUUUGAGGGUGGGCUCUGUCAGAGUUGCCGGGAUCGCUUCCUGGAGCUGUUCUACAUGUACGAUGAGGACGGCUAUCAGUCCUACUGCACUGUGUGCUGCAAGGGCCGCGAGCUGCUUCUGUGCAGCAACACAAGCUGCUGCAGGUGCUUCUGUGUGGAGUGUCUGGAGGUGCUGGUGGGUACAGGGACAGCUGAGGAUGCCAAGCUGCAGGAACCCUGGAGCUGCUAUAUGUGCCUUCCACAGCGCUGCCAUGGGGUCCUCAGGCGCAGGAAGGAUUGGAACAUGCGCCUGCAAGACUUCUUCACUUCUGAUCCUGACCUCGAAGAAUUCGAGCCACCCAAGUUGUACCCAGCAAUUCCUGCAGCCAAGAGGAGACCUAUUAGAGUCCUGUCCUUGUUUGAUGGAAUUGCAACAGGGUACUUGGUGCUCAAAGAGCUGGGUAUCAAAGUGGAAAAGUAUGUUGCAUCCGAAGUGUGUACAGAGUCCAUUGCUGUGGGAACUGUUAAGCAUGAAGGUCAAAUCAAAUAUGUGGAUGACGUCAGGAACAUCACAAAGGGAAAUAUUGAUGAGUGGGGCCCAUUCGACUUGGUGAUUGGUGGAAGCCCUUGCAAUGAUCUCUCCUGUGUGAAUCCUGGCAGGAAAGGGCUGUUUGAGGGCACUGGUCGGCUCUUCUUUGAAUUUUAUCGAUUGCUAAAUUACGCACGUCCCGAGGAGUGUGAUAACCGCCCAUUCUUCUGGAUGUUUGAGAAUGUGGUAGCUAUGGAGGUUGGUGACAAGAGGGACAUCUCACUAUUCCUGGAGUGUAACCCAGUGAUGAUCGAUGCCAUCAAGGUUUCUGCUGCACAUAGGGCCCGAUAUUUCUGGGGCAACCUACCUGGGAUGAACAGGAUCUUUGGCUUUCCUUCACACUACACGGAUGUGUCUAACAUGGGCCGUGGUGCCCGCCAGAAGCUGCUGGGAAAGUCCUGGAGUGUGCCAGUCAUCAGACACCUCUUUGCCCCGCUGAAGGACUACUUUGCAUGUGAAUAG